AUGUUCCCGGGCGUCGAUUGCGCCUCCUGCAAGACGGUCACGCCGUGGUCGAAGCUGCUCGCCCCAGACGAGGAGGCCUGGGGCUCCAACGGCGUCGCGAACUUGUUCCGCUGCGGGACCUGCAAGGCGGAGGUGAGCCCCGUCCGCGCGCGGAACCUGUACACGAUGCAGGUGCGGGAGCUCCUCCGCGAGCACUGCAAGGGGUGGGUCCGCUGCGCCGAGGACGACUCGUGCAUAGAGAAGACGCGGCGCAUCGGCCAGGGCCAGAACAUGGUCGGCGAGCGUGCGGUGCUCCGGGAGCUCGAGCACAUGGAGUACCUCUGCGAGGCAGAGUCCAGGUACCCCGGGCAGGACGAGCGCGGCUCCCGCGAGGCGAUCGCGGGCAUGCGCCAGGUGUGCCGUUGGCAGCUGGAGUGCAGUGGGUACAAUUGGGUUGAUUGCGGGGCAAUCUUUGCAGGCAUCUUCAAUGCACCGAAGGCAUGA